UGGAGGAAAGCAUUGGUCAGAUGCUCUGUUCAAGUGAUUUGAGUGACAUACAGGAUUUAUUAGGACUCACUCUGGAAUCGGUGGCUGAUGAAGAGCGUCUUCUCCUCUUCAGGGCUUUCUGUGGCUUAAAACACACACACGGAAAGGAGCAUUGAAGAUUUUCAGCUGAAUAUGCCGAGGAGCCCGACGUCCAGCGAGGAAGAGAUGGCCCAGAGUUUCUCAGACUCUUCUCAGGACUCCAGCUCACACAGUUCCCGAGAGGAGGCCGUCUAUGAGACCGUACGAGCAGAACGACCCGACAGUCUCACGACAGACACCCAGAACAACUCGCUCACCGUGAGGGUGUUCAUCCCAGACCUGCAGCAAACGGAAAGCAUGAGGUUUAACCCCGGUGACACUGUGUGGGCUGCUAAACGGCGGAUCCUGUGCACUUUGAGUCAGAAUCUGAAGGAUGUUCUGAACUACGGCCUCUUCCAUCCGGCCAGCGACGGCAGAGACGGGGAAUUCCUGGAUGAGGAGAGUCUGAUCGGGGAACAUCCACUGCCGGCCUGCGAGGGCGUCCCGUCACUGGAGUUUCGCUACAAAACCAGACUGUACAAUCAAUCCAGUGUGGAUGAGAAGCAGAUUGCCAGACUUCACACGAAGGCCAGCUUGAGGAAGUUCAUGGAUUACAUCCAGAAUCAUGAGUUAGAGAAGUUCUCCAGAAUGCUAGACAGAGGACUGGACCCAAACUACCAGGACACAGAGACCGGAGAGACUCCACUCACCUGUGUGGCGCAGCUGGAGAAUAAGCUGGAGUUUAUUAAAGCUCUGAGGAAUGGAGGAGCUCAUCUGGACUUCAGGGAUAAAGAUGGCAUGACGGCUCUUCAUAAAGCUGCUCGCGCUAAAAACCAGCCAGCGCUCAAGACUCUGCUGGAGCUCGGCGCGUCUCCGGACUACAGAGACAGUCGUGGUCUGACGGCACUGUAUCACACGGUCCUGGCGGACGGAGACACACACACCGACUGCUGUGAGCUGCUGCUGAACCAGCACGCCUCCGUCUGCUGCCAGGAUGAGAACGGAUGGCAUGAGAUCCACCAGGCUUGUCGACACGGUCUUGUCCAACACCUCGAGCAUCUGUUGUUUUACGGAGCAGAUAUGAGCGCACAGAACGCCUCGGGAAACACGGCGCUGCACAUCUGUGCUCUGUACAACCAGGAGAAGUGCACACAUGUGCUGCUGGUCAGAGGAGCCGACAAGGAGGUGAAGAACCACAUCAGCCAGAGUCCGUUCCAGGUGGCAAUCAUCUCUGGGAAUUUCGAGCUGGCAGAGCUCAUUAAGAACCACAGAGAAAGUGAUGUGGUGCCGUUCUCCGAGGCCUCGUCCUUCUCCAGACAGCGGCUCCUGCAGAAGAACCGGAGUCUGUCAGUGUCUCGGCUGCUCCUGCGCUCCAACAGUGACAACAGUCUGCCGGCGCGAGCCGUGAGUCCAGAGCAACGGGCCGCUCUCAGUCUGUCCCCGCAGAAGAUGCUGAGAGACCCGAGCGCUCGCGUGAAGAUGGUGACGGGUCGCAGCGGCAGGACCGUCCCGAGCAGCCGCUCCCUGUCCAUCAGCCUGGAGGACGAACACAGCACUCAACUCAAGUGUGCCAAUGGCCGAGCGUGUGUGCAGAGCGGCAGGAGGAAGAUGUACAGCGCCGUUCCCGGCCGGCGGUUCGUGGCGGUUCGCUCAUACCUCCCUCAGGCUGGCGGAGAGAUCAGCCUCCACAAGAACGAGCGGGUCAGAGUUCUCAGUGUUGGUGAAGGAGGAUUCUGGGAAGGCAACUGUCGAGGUCAGGUGGGCUGGUUCCCUGCGCGGUGUUUGGAAGAGAUUCCUGUCAAGCCUGACAAAGAGAGACCCAAGAGCGGGAUGGAGAGGAACGAUAAGAAGAGGCUGUUCAGACACUUUACUGUCGGCUCCUAUGACAGCGCUGACAGUGAGUGUGUGACCGAGCAGAAGACUGUGGUGUUACAGAAGCAGGACAACGAAGGCUUCGGGUUCGUGCUUCGAGGAGCUAAAGCCGAUACGCCGAUCGAGGAGUUCAUCCCCACACCGGUGUUCCCGGCGCUGCAGUACCUGGAGUCUGUGGAUGAGGGCGGUGUUUCCUGGCUGAUGGGGCUUCGCACCGGGGACUUCCUGCUCGAGGUCAAUCAUCAGAACGUGGUGAAGAUGGGGCAUCGGCAGGUCGUAAACAUGAUUAAACACGGAGGAAACCGACUCGUCAUUAAAGUGGUGCGAGUCAGCAGGAAUCCGGAGCAAGACGACAAAACCCGGAAAAAAGCUCCUCCUCCACCCAAAAGAGCUCCAACAACUGCACUCUCAAUGAGAUCCAAGUCCAUGACAUCUGAACUGGAAGAACUAGAUAAAGUGGAAGAGACUGCGCAUCUGCAGAAACCAGCGAAUGGAAAAACCUCGGCAGUCGCGACUAUCAAGCCCCGGCCCUCCAGUCGCUUUUCGGCCGCAUGCAUGGAUGUUACUCAGUCCACAUCUGAAAGGCCAGGAGUCGCUAUAGUUCCUCCUAAUGUUCCUGGGAGAUCCCAAGGAAGUUACAUUCGUGUGCCAAAAAGCUCCAUGAAAAGACAAAAAUCCAUUGGAAUCGCAGGAGAAGAAAAGAAGUUACUGAUACCUCCACUGCUGAAGUUCACCAGAAGUCUCUCAAUGCCUGACACAUCUGAGGAAAUUCCCCCACCUCCAGGCAUCUCUCCUCCAUCCCCACCUUACAACCCCAGUACUCCUAUGAGAUAUGAGCCCAACCAGUCCAUUUACACACAGAGCUCAACAGGCAGAUGCCACACCAUAGAAAGAGACCAGGUCGUGUACCAUCGGCAGAACUUUGAACAAUAUGACUAUCAGACUUAUCCAGCCAGCCAGCAAAACAUGUGUACACAUAACAAGGCCCAUGUGCCAGAGAACCCAUACUCAGACAUAGCUGGCAAACUUCUGUACGUCCCACCAAAACCAGCCCGCAGGAAGGGUAUACUGAUAAAGCAGCCAAAUGUUGAGGAUAGCUCUGAUAAAACCUGUUCAAUCCAGAUACCAACCAUUAUUGUUAAAGAGCCUUCAACUAGCAGUAGUGGCAAAAGUAGCCGAGAGGGUAGCAUGGAAAUUGAGACUCCCACUUCUGAGCCAACCGGCCAGCUACGACCGGAGGACACCGGAGGGUUCACCGUGAGCAACCCUUUUGCAGCUGCUAUUGCCGGGGCCGUACGUGACCGCGAGAAGCGUCUUGAAGCACGCAAGAACUCCCAUGCCUUUCUGUCAAUGGAUCUCGGAGACGAGGAUUCAUCUAUCCCCACCCCUCGUUUACGCCAGUCUAUGUCCAUAGAUGAAGGCAUGUUUGCUUUUGAUAAGAGUUUAGAAAAGCGUAUGGCUCCUCCGGCUCCUUUAUUAGGGUUCCAGCGAAUUAGAAGUGGAGGCAACAUGACAGACUUUACCCUCCCCGAACCAACAACUGAGCCCUUCACAACACGCACCGGGAACUGCCCCAACACAGGCAGUCCCAUUACUCUCAAUGAUGGAGAUUUCCAACACCAGGCCAGAAAUAGAGCUCUGAAGCAGCAAGUGCAACCCCCUCUUCCUCCACCUAAAGGAGAAUCUCGCAAAGCAAACCUCAACCAGCCACUCUUCAUUGACACCAAGCUACGGUCCAAUAUUGAAGCCAGCUUUGUUGCCACAGCUCAACCAAAAGAUUGUGGAGGUUUGUUUAGGCACACAAGAGAGUCCAAUCAUGCCACAAAGGCGGCGAAGGAACGUAAUCCAUCUGAGCAGUUGAAGAACAGCUAUAGCACAUCGCAACAACAGUCAGAGGGGCUCCUCAUGGUCCACACACUAGAUAAGACCAAGCCACAAGUGAACAGUCAGUCUGAUGGAUUCAAACAAGAAGAGUCCCUGGUUAUGGGCAGUGCAACCAUUGAUUGCAAUGACAAACUUAUAGCCCCCAACUCCCAGCCAUCUCAUACAAGGACCUCUGCCACAUCCGUGGAGAAGCCUGCCAACUUCUCCUGUAGCAUUCCUCUUCCCCCACUGAACUCAGUGGAUUUUGAUGAGGAGUUUGACUUGCCUGAACCCUUUCCUCCACCUCUGGAGUUUGCCAACAGCAUUGAUGUUCCUGAGGACCAGGUUGCAGAGAUCCUCAAGCAGAAAAAGAGUCAUGCAACAAGGGGACCCUUGCCUGUUUAUCAUUCUCAUGCUUCUACAAUGAACAGUGUGGAGUCCAAGUGUCUUCCAGGGCUUGUGAAUUGCAUGAAUCCCCACACCUACCCUCCACCACCUCCAGAGAGUUUCGAGCCUGUCACAGACUCAGGCAUUGAGGAAGUUUUUGGUCGAAACAGUGGGGAUCCUCACUUUGAGGCAAACAGCACAAUUUCCACAAUGUCCAGUGUCUAUACUCUUUCAUUUGAGGGACUUGAGGACUCAUACAUAGCCUAUGUAGACGGGCAGACUCUGGUGGAGCGACCGCCGGUUCCACCGAAGCCAAAAAUGAAGCCCAUAAUCAACAAAAGCAAUGCACUUUACAGGAACUCUUUGAUGGAGGAGAGCAUAGAGUCGUUUGGACGGCCACCACCACCUCCUCCACCCUGGGAUGGUGUAGCCCAAUCUGAGCCGCACAAAGCGCUUGAUCAGCGGGGCUCUAAACUGGGGGGAGACGCCCAUGAGCUCCCGAACCCCCUCUUACCCAAUGCAGAUCCUAAAGUCAAUGUGAUCAGUGAACUCAGUUCUAAACUUCAACAGAUCAACAAGGACAGAUUUCCGAAACGGGGACCUCUCGACCCACCUGCAGGAUCCAGAAGCAUCGGAUCAAGAGAGUGGAUGACCCAAGCCUCAGGUGCCAAACACAGCAACACAGUGGCUUCUUCCUCAACUACACACUUGCCUCCUCAGGCUGCCGGUCCUCCUGAAUCGGGUCGCAGCUCUUCUCUGCCAGUCUCUGCCGGCUCUCCCACAUUAAGGGAUGCGUUCAGCCUGCCGUCUCCACCCGUAGUGAACGCAGAGCAAUGCCACAGCCUCAGCUCAGUCAGCAGUCAAUCGCUGUCCCCACUCACGCUGCUCCAGGCGGCUGCCGACAAGCCUUUUGCUGACAAACCCGUCCUAGUCUGGACCAAGCAUGAUGUAGCCGACUGGCUGGAAAGCCUGAACUUGGCAGAACACAAGAAGACCUUCUUGGACAAUGAAAUUGAGGGCACCCACCUUCCUAACCUCCAAAAAGAAGACCUUGUAGACUUGGGUGUCACCCGUGUUGGGCACCGGAUGAACAUUGAGAGGGGUCUCAAACUGCUAAUGGACAGAUAAAGGUGCGAUGCUGGGCGUGGAUAUCGACUCGAUCAAUCCCUCGUCUCCUCCGAUGUUUAUCAGUCUGUGCUGCAUCUCCUGUUGGAAGUGUUGGGAGGAUGUUGUGGUCAGAGCAACUAUAAGAACCAAUGAACAAAAACUGCACUCAGGAACAAGUCUAUGUGGACUCGUUCUUAUGAUCCGAAGCUUCAUUUCAAUAUCAGGAGCAACUGUAACCAGCAGAGCUGGGAGGUCCUUUUUUACCUUUGAUACAGGAAUAUUUCAUUUCAGAUGUUGUCUGCAAGCGUUCCGUAUGUUGUUGCAGAAAACGUGGACACAGUUGUUUCGACCUUAUAAAAUGAGGCUAGCUGAAAGCGUUGGAUUCACUCAGGCUUGAAUAUGAACCCUAAAUAAAUGUUGGGCACAUCCACACAUUUCAGGACCUUUGUUCAUGAUGCUUCUUGUUUUCAAUGGGAUUGCAUGAGGACAAGACGUCACGUACAGCCUCGUCCAUGUUGUUUGAUCCUGAUGGCAAAAAUGAAUGCUACAAAAUACACGCAAGCGUUCCCGAACAAACACCUUUUUCAGCAUUCUUUUGGCUCACCUAUUUAUUCUAGGUAAUU